CCAAUUACCCUAUCAAGCAAUUAUGGAAAAAAUAUACUAAGUGACGUCAAAAGCUCUACUUGUAAAAGAUAUCUUACUAAACUGGAAGAAACAACCACUUUAAUUAACAAUGAGCUGGAAAGCAGUCAAAGCAUACUUGUACAAAAUGAAGUCGGCAUAUUAGAUUAUAGUUUA